AUGGCAGACGUUGAUGUACUUGUCAUAGGUGCUGGCGUGGUAGGAUUGGCGCUUGCUCAAGGACUGAGGAAGGCAGGUCUUCGAAUGGCCAUUUGCGAGCAAGACUCGGACGAUACUUAUUAUGGCCGACCACGAGACUGGGGUAUCACUUUACACUGGGGAUUUGAGUUGAUCGCCAAGCUCUUACCACCAGAGUUGCAUUCUCAUAUAGAUGAGAUUCUCUGUGACCCAUUCUACAAGCAGUCAGAGCAGGACGCUGAUCUCGUCACGUAUGCUGGUCACACUGGCAAAGUUCUGAUCCGCACUCCAGCUUCCACCGCCCGGAGUGUCAGUCGAAAGAAGAUGCGAAGACUAUUCAGCCAAGGUCUUGAAAUCCAGUACGCUCAACGUCUUGUAAACAUCGAGAUAUCAGAUGAUUCUGCCACUGCAGUCUUCGAAGACGGGCAACGUCUGACAGCAAAGCUCAUUAUUGGCUGUGAUGGCUCGCGAUCUCGAGUCCGAAGUAUGCUGGUUGAUCCAGAAACGGCCAAGGUGAAGAAAUUAGGGAUAAACCUCGUCAACUUCGGCGCAAAAUUCGAUCAGGAGACGGCUCUGCUCAUCCGCAAACAGCAUCCCAUCUUUUCCAACAGCGUUCAUCCCAGCGGAUACAUGUACUUCCUUCGCAUACUGGAUGUGCCCGACCCGGACGAAGCAGAGAGUUGGACAUUCCAGAACAUCUUUGGAUGGAAAGGUGCACCAUAUGCCAGUGAUUUUGCAUCGAAGACUGAGCAGACGCAAUGGCUCAAGGCGAAGGCCUCAGAGUUUGCUCAGCCAUGGCGAACUGUGCUCUCGAACAUACCAGAUGACACUGUCUUCACUAUUGAUUCUAUCAACACAUGGCGGCCUGUGGGCUGGUCAGCUUCGCCACUGCAGGGCAAGGUUACUCUGGCUGGCGACGCGGCGCAUGCUUCUACUCCUAUUCGUGGUCAGGGUCUGAAUAAUGGCCUAGAAGAUGCAGUACAGCUUCUCGGCCGGCUCUCGAGUGCUGAGAAGACAGAUGAAGGCUUGCGUCACGGUGUACAAGGAUAUGAAGAGGAAACGAUUGAGAGAGGGCGGCGAGAUGUUGAUCUAUCGGAGUCUUCUGCCUUGGGAAUGUUUGACUACAAUCAAUUGUUAAACAGCCCACAGGCGAAGCUUGGUCUCAAGAAGUCGCAGGCAUCCGAUGUUGAGCCAGUGGACUCCGGCACGAGUACACCCGUCUGA